CAAAAGCACCAUUUGACCAGGAGUUUCCCGGUGGAAAACGAGCAGUGGUAGAGCAUCAUUACGUGAGGACGAGAGUCGUGUUGUUAUUCGUCGGUGAAUUAGCUAUAGGCUUAUCUGACAAGGAUUACAACGAUGAUUAUGCAUAUAACACGUGCUCAUCUUCGGUGAUUGCGCAAAACCAAAAAGUGGUGAAAAGCGAAACGGAGAACAGCCAACUUCUAUUUGUCCGGGUUGCUGCAUUCUCUACCGCAGCGAACAAUAUCUACCAACGACUCUCUUGCAAUGGAAGUGGGGAUCCAGAACUAACAUCUCACAAUCAAUCCUAUUACAUUUGCUAAAGUUGGUCUGGAAACAUUUUCAUGGUGAACUAGAAAGUUUCUUGGAAAAUCCUUUAAUUAGAAUACAACUUAUUACACAUUUUUCUUUGGUUUUAAAAUGGUUUCUUAACAUCUGGGAAUAAUGAUGUUUGAUUUAAUUAGUUAAACAAAGUUUAAUUAGAGUUAAUAAAGUCAGGUUUCAUUUGCCGGCUUUGUUGUAGGUUGCGACAUUCUUUCUAUAUGAUCGUGCAAUGAUCGGAACUGUUAGCCUACAGUAUAAUAAGCCUACACCGAUGUGAGUGUGUAUUAAGCUUACGGACAGGUUAUCCUAUGCCUCCCCAAGAUUUUUGCCUACAAAUUAUGUAUUACACGGGUCAUUUAAUUGAGUCACUGUAUAUGUGAGUCUUUACCAGAAAGGUAGACUUUUACCUGUUUCAAAAGUAGAAUGGGUGGGGAAUGCCGAGGAAUGCAUCUAUACACAUUUACUAAAUAUCCUAAUACGCGACCCCAUGACAUCAAAACAUACGUUGGGACAUUCGUUAUGCUGUACUUGGUGUUUUAUACCGAAGCCUCAGUCUCCAAGUCCUGUGAUAAAAAAUGCUUCUCUGGGAAAUGCAUCAAUGGAACUUGCUUCUGUGACCAAGGAUGGGUUGGAGACCGGUGUCAACACUGUCAGGGAAGAUUCAAAUUAACAGAGCCAUCAGGUUCCCUCACAGACGGACCAGUCAAUUACAAGUAUAAGACCAAGUGCACCUGGCUGAUUGAAGGCUACCCAAAUGUUGUUCUCAGGUUGCGCUUCAACCAUUUUGCCACCGAAUGUAGUUGGGACCACAUGUACGUGUUUGACGGAGACUCCAUCUACGCCCCUCUGGUGGCAGUAUUCAGUGGUCUCGUUGUCCCGGAAACAAGAGGUAAUGAGACUGUUCCAGAAGUAGUCACCUCCUCUGGAUAUGCAUUGUUGCACUUUUUCAGUGAUGCCGCCUACAACCUGACUGGAUUCCACCUAUCCUACUCGCUCAACUCAUGCCCUAACAACUGCUCGGGCCACGGGAAAUGCAGCACGGGGAACUCCAUCGCCAGCAGGGUGUACUGUGAGUGCGAUGAGUACUGGAAGGGCGAGGCCUGCAACAUCCCCUACUGCAGGGACAACUGUGGCAGCCCCGACCACGGCUACUGUGACCUCACCGGGGAGAAGAGCUGUGUCUGCAAUGACAGCUGGCAAGGUCCAGAUUGCGCUUUGUCAGUGCCAUCCACAGAGUCUUACUGGGUAAGGCCUAAUGUCAAGCCCUUCGGCCAGUCCCUGGGCAGAGCCUCCCAUAAGGCCGUGGUGCACGGGAAACUCAUGUGGGUCAUUGGAGGAUACACCUUCAACUACAGCUCCUUCCAAAUGGUGCUCAAUUAUAAUCUGGAGAGCAGCACUUGGGAUGUGGUGCCGAUCAAUACAAGUCCUCUGCAGAGAUACGGCCAUUCUCUGGCUCUCUACCAGGAUGACAUCUACAUGUACGGGGGGAAACUGGAGGCUGGAUCAGGCAACGUGACGGACGAACUUUGGGUCUUUAACAUCCCUCGUCGUAUUUGGUCCCAGAGGACCCCGAACAGCCCUGCCCAGGACCCGCCCUACGCCGUGGAGGGACACUCUGCCCACAUGGCUGAACUGGCCAAUGGGGACGUGGUCAUGGUUGUCCUCUUUGGCUACUCGCCCGUCUACAGCUAUGUCAGCAAAGUGCAGGAGUACAACAUCAGGACCCACGUCUGGCAGGUCCCUGACACCAGUGGGGCCGUGGUCCAGGGUGGCUAUGGCCACAGCAGUGUGUACGACAGCUCCAGCAGGUGUGUGUAUGUCCACGGGGGCUACAAAGCCCUGCCCGCCAACAAAUAUGGGCUAGUGGACGAGCUGUAUCGCUACGAGGUGCCCACACGGACCUGGAUGAUCAUGAGGGAGAGUGGUUUGGCGCGGUAUCUCCACACUGCGGUUCUGAGCGGUGGUACUCUGCUGGUAUUUGGAGGAAACACCCACAAUGACACAUCCCUCAGUAACGGAGCCAAGUGUUUCUCAGCUGACUUCCGGGCAUAUGACAUAGCUUGUGACGUGUGGAACGUCCUGCCCCGGCCAGAUCUCCACCGGGAUUUCAACCGCUUCGGCCACACCUCCGUCAUCAGCAAUGGGUCCAUGUAUGUGUUUGGCGGUUUCUCCGGCGUGCUGCUGAACGACGUGCUGGUCUACACACCUCCCAGCUGCCAGGCCUUCACUGAGGAGCAGCGCUGUGCCACGGCCGGUCCCGGCAUCCGCUGUGUCUGGCUUAGGGACCAGUGUGUCCCCUGGGACACCAGCCACGCCAAGAGCAGCGUGCCCGCUCCAUUCUGCCCCACGCGCACCAAUAGUGCAGACGAGAGGUGCUUCAGGUUUUCUGACUGCGUCAGCUGCACUGCCAACACCAAUGGCUGUCAGUGGUGUGAAGACAAGAAGUGCAUCUCUGCCUCUAGCAACUGCACUGUUCUGACCCUCGAGCUAGCGCAACAGCAUAGAGGUCCUCUGUCCCUGGCCCCUCCCCCAUCUAUGCUGUCAGAACACCAGCUUUCUGUGUGGAAGCAAGGUGCUAAGAGAAUUGGACAUUCUGUGAGGAACUUCACCAAAUGCUAUGUGAGGAAUGAGCAGAUCUGCAGCAAGCUGGUCAACUGUAAAAGCUGCUCUCUUAACCUCAACUGUCAAUGGGAGCCCCAGCAGCAGGAGUGCCAUGCAAUCCCUGCUCAGCUCUGUGGGGAAGGCUGGCACCACAUUGGGGAGGCCUGCCUCAGGAUCAAUGCCAGCAGGGAGAGCUAUGACAAUGCUCAGCACUACUGUAAAAACCUGGAUGGCAACAUAGCUUCUCUCACGACAGCCAAGCAGGUGGACUUUGUACUGGAUGAGCUACAGAAGUACCAGCUACAGGAGAAGAAGAUGGCUCCAUGGGUGGGCCUGAGGAAGAUCAACAUCUCGUACUGGGGCUGGGAGGACACGUCUCCGUUCACUAACUCGUCUCUGCAGUGGCUGCCGGGUGAGCCUAGCGACUCUGGUUUCUGUGCCUACCUGGACAGGGCAGAAGUGGCAGGGCUCAAGGCCAACCCCUGUACCGCCAACACUGACGGACUCAUCUGUGAAAAACCAGUGGUUAGUCCCAACCAGAGUGCCCGUCCGUGUAAGACGCCAUGCUCCACGCGAACCACCUGCGCAAACUGCACCAGCCAGGCCAUGGAGUGUAUGUGGUGCCGCAGCACCCAGCGAUGUGUGGACUCCAACGCCUACGUCAUCUCCUUCCCCUACGGACAGUGUCUGGAGUGGCAGACUGGAGAAUGUGUCUCUCAGAACUGCUCUGGACUGAGGACGUGUGGCCAGUGUUUGGAUCAGGUCGAGUGUGGCUGGUGUGGAGACCCCACUAACACAGGGCGAGGCCGGUGCAUGGAGGGCUCCUACCGUGGGCCCACAAAAAGCCUCUCCAGGCAGACCAGAGACAUGCUGCUGGAGCCUGCUCUCUGCCCCAGAGAUAAAGGAUCUCACUGGGCCUACAUCCAGUGUCCUGCCUGUCAGUGUAAUGGCCACAGUACGUGUGUGAAUGGCAGUGUCUGCGAGCAGUGCAGGAACCUGACCACCGGACCGCAGUGCCAAACCUGCAUGCCUGGUUACCAUGGAGACCCCACUAACGGCGGAAAGUGUCAUGCCUGCAAGUGCAACGGACAUGCCAAUCUAUGCCAGGUGUCAACGGGCAAAUGCUACUGCCAAACCAAGGGCAUCAAGGGAGACCAGUGCCAGCUUUGUGACUCUGAGAACCGUUACCUUGGCAACCCCCUCAGAGGAACGUGCUACUACAACCUACUGAUUGACUACCAGUUCACCUUCAGCCUCCUCCAGGAGGAUGACCACCACUACACAGCCAUCAACUUCAUGGCAACUCCUGAGCAGAGCAACAAGAACCUGGACAUGUCCAUCAAUGCAUCUAAUAACUUCAACCUCAACAUCACCUGGUCAAUUGGAUCGACAGCUGGCACCAUCUCCGGCGAGGAGGUUGCCAUUGUGUCCAAGACCAAUAUCCAGGAACACAGAGACAGCUUCUCCUGUGAAAAGUUCAAUUUCCGUGUCAACUCCAACAUCACGUUCUAUGUCUAUGUCAGCAACUUCUCCUGGCCAAUCAAGAUCCAGAUUGCCUUCUCACAGCACAACAGUAUCAUGGACUUGGUGCAGUUUUUCGUCACCUUUUUCAGCUGUUUCUUGUCCCUGUUGCUGGUGGCGGCGGUGGUGUGGAAGGUCAAACAGACAUGCUGGGCAUCUAGGAGAAGAGAGCAGCUCAUGCGGGAGCGUGAGCAGAUGGCCAGCCGUCCUUUUGCCUCAGUUGCUGUGGCGCUGGAUGUGGGCGUCGACCAGGAACACGGAGAGCUGCUGCAGGGGCAGGUGGAGGGUGUACCCAAACCUAUAGCGGUGGAGCCUUGCUGGGGGAGCAGAGCUGGCGUACUUACCGUCCUCUUGUGCCUGCCCAGAGUCCCUUCCGGAAUACCACCGCCUGGUCAGUCUGGCAUUGCCAUCGCCAGUGCUCUGAUCGACACCUCACAACAGAAACCUGGAGACUUCAAAGACAAGUACUAUGGCCUGAAGAACCGAAAACCGCACGCACUAACACAUCAGGGGACCUGUGUUUGAAUCGCCUGACAAAAAGGAGGCAUGAGUGAACCUGAAAGGACUGCAAAACACUUGGUUUUCUAAUGCGUUUUCUGUAUCUUUUUCUAUCUGUUCCUCAACAACACAGCGUGCUGAAGUGAACCUGAUAACAACGGAAGUCCUCCGUUGACACUUUGAGUGUCAGCAAUGUGUGCCUCCUCACUUCUACUCCUUGUAAUACAGUGUAUCCAGAAUGACUUGUCUGCUCUCUGGUUGGAUCUCUGCCCAGCCAGGAGGGUUCUGGACAUCCCAUUGGCCCGCAGCCAGGAAGUCGGUAGUCUGCAUUUCCUCCCUGUGGAUAGGAGCAGCAGGUCGCCACUAAAGAUUUGACUGUGAAGUCUGAAAGAACAAUGCCUAUUGCUGGUGAGAUGUGUGCUCAUUUUGAUACAAAGACAAAGAAGAAAAAAGCUCCCUCAAGUGUUUUCUUUUAAUGUAUGGUCUGUCCAAACUGGGAUAACAUGGGAGGAGCUGUCUAGGGGUUUAAAAUAUUGCUUCGCUCUGACAUAAUGUAUCCUGUAAAGAGGGUUCUGCACUGAUUUCCUCACAGUCUGCACUAAGAGCCGUGACAGUUGACAUGCAGUACUUGUAUGUCAUGGGCCAACUAAGAAGUCGGAUGCAAAGACCAGCAAAAAAGGACUGAAAUCUGGUGUAUCGGUAUUUAAUCUUGCCACUAUUUUAUGUUUAAGGUCAUUGUCUAAGAGCCAUGGCAUGAUGAUGAUUAUUCUGGCAUUCAAAUGCAUGUCCUUUCCAUUUGUCAUAUCUGUGAUGUUAAAAUAUUUCUCUUUAUCCAUCAACACAUAUCCUUUAUACAUCAACACUCCUUGGUGUAUUGAAUAUAGCUUUAGAAUACAAAUAUUUUCAUUAUUACUCAUACAGUUUUAGUUUGCUAUAUUUUAUUGCAGUUGUGUAUGACAGUUUUUCCAAGAGAAUGACAAGGGCAUAUAGUCAUAAAGGCAACUACUAACAAACGGUACUUAUCAGUUUCUUUUACUCCUCUUUAUCUGGAAUGUCUUCAAGGAAGGGAGGAAUGAAGCAUGUAUUUUCUAAGUAUAUAAAACUUUUCUGUCUGGUUUUGGAUCCUUUGGUUCCUUCGUACUCCAGUAUCAUAUGAAGAAAUUAUUAGUUUCCAUUUUUUUCCUUUGUACUUGGUUUUGGCAUUUGGGCAGUUGGGCAGCCUGUUUUCUCCGUAUGUGUUUUUAGUACAGUUGUUAUGGAUAGAUCAGACCUGACAGUGUAAAUAGUAUUAGAUAACAUUUCAUGCCUCAUUUCUAAUCCUCUUUUUAAUUUAUUUGUAAGUUAAUAAUUAAAUUCUUACCACCGAAAUGUCAUUAAAUUAAUUUACUAAUUAAAAUUAAAAUUAAAAAAUAUCACACAUCCCUAUGCCAAUCUCCUCGAACUGGGGAAAACCUAAAGGAUCAUAUCAUCUUCGCCACUAUCCAAAGCCACCCAUCAGUCAACCCAAUCUCAACUCCAGCCUCCGAUAUUCACAGAUCAGUCAAAUCUUUCUCAGUAUUUCAUCAUUUUAUUGUUUCAUUUUGCAAUACGUCCCUCCAUUCUACAGUGAUGUCUUACUAGGGUCUUGAACCUCCCACAUGUAUAAUAACUGAAAAAACCGAGCCCAAAUGAUAACUUUACCAAAGUGCACGAUUAUAUGCCCUAUUGACUGACUAGAUUUCCGGUCCCUAAACAUACAGUUGGCAGGUCCAAUCACAACCUGAUAGAAGAACAUCACAACCAUUCCUGGACAUGACACCAGAAAGCAGCCACUGAUGAACAGAAUCAGAAUAAAUGAUCCAAUCAUUCUGUUCCCCGGCUGCAGAAUCUGUACAGUCCUCAAUGUUAAAUUCCCUAUAUGCUGAGUAUUCUUUUUGCAGAAAGUAUUCCAUAUAAUGUUAAACUAAGAUGAUCAAUGUCUUGAUGCCAUUGUAUGAGUACAUCAAAAAUCUGUCCCCAACUUACUAGAAUUUUAUAUGGCACAUCAAUCAAACCUUUGACCCUAGAUUAAAAGGAUACAUUUGAUGAUUUAUAUUACAAAUUUUGCACCAUGCCUGGUUUUCAAUAUGGGUAAGACAGACUAAUUGAAUUUGCCUACCAGUGUUUUGGUAGAGCUGCAAUGAGUUUACUGUACACUUUUGUACAGUCCAUACAUCUGCUCAUACAAGUGUUAAGUGUGACAUUAUUUUACUGCACUGUAGAAUGUCAUUCAUGAGAAUGAUAUCUUUGUUAUACGUGUUUUCCAAAAAGACUAAUCUUCUAUGAAUACAUUUAUAGUUUUAUCCACAUUAUUUCUUGUAGUAUUUGUCCUGGCCCCCAAAAAGGAGACGUGUGUAGUCCACAUAACAGGGAGUGUUAAUCACAUUGUUUUUGAACAUUACAUAUGCCUGUCUUAGUAGCCUGCUGGGACAUCAGUAUGGAUUUAAAUAUUUCCAGAGCGUUAUCUUUAGCUUUAAGCAAGAGGUUCAAAGCUUCACAAUGUUAGAGUUUUAACCCUCCAGAUGAAUUAGUUCAAUAAAUAAAUUGUACCUUAUCUGGUUUGUCAUUCCAGAUAGUGAAAUAUUAUUUUCUCACAUUAUUACUAAAACGAUUCUUUUGGAGUCAUUAAGCCCAUUGUUAAAAUAUUUAGCUACCGUAUCACUGAAGAAUUUCAGUGCAAUAUCCAAUUAUAUUAACAGUUCUUUCUAUGGUUUCAGAAGUUAAUUGUAUUAAUCAUGUUUACACUUUUAUCCAAAGCAUAAAAUGUCCUGUGUUGCAUUUUGUUUUGUCUCGUAAAUCAUUGUAAACAUAACCUAAUAUAUGGUCACACUUAUAUGUACAUAUGUAAUGUAUACAUUUGAGAAAUUUUCACGUGGACUCUCCGUGUAAUGUUGAAAUUUGUAUCAAUGAAGAGCAGCUCAUCUCAUUAUUUUGUUCUUAUGGGCAUAUAAGGUGAAGUUACAAUAAAAAAUGAUGCUUUAUACUGUGAUUU